AUGAUUUUAAUUUUUGUCAUUUUAUACUUUACAUUGAGUCCAUGUGAUCAGAAACCCUGUAGAAAUGGUGGAACGUGUGUUCCGGUGUAUGAGAAUGACCGCUACGCUUGUCAGUGUCCUCCGAUCGCUGAAGGCGAACAUUGCGAGGAAGUACAAUGGACGGCAUUUUGGUGGUAUGACGCUAACACUGCUUGGCCCUACUGGGAAGACGACGUGCUCAAGUACGACUUUGGUCACUGCAACUCAACUGAUCCCUACUGUUUUGGACGCCUUCCCUGGUCAGCAGUGGAAGACUCUACUGAGAUGCUUGCAGUUGACUCGGAAAACACCACGUACAAGUGGCGUUUCAACUCCAGCAAUGAUGUUGCUCAUGCAGUUUGGCGCGCAUUCCAUGAUCACCAGCUCACCUAUUAUCGGGACGUGUUAAAUCGGCAAGAAUGGGCACCAGACGUGUUGAGUGGUAAUUCACCAGGGAGAACUCAAGAUUCAUUCAUGUACCGUAAGCAAUAUGGCAUCAAAUCGAUCCUGCUUGAUGACAACAACUACUAUUGCUAUUCGUCCCUGAGUUUUGGCCUUGGCAUUUGCUCUAAUAAGGAUAAUGUGAAUUAUGGCUGGAAAGGCGUAGAUACACUUUAUGACCAGAACUGUACUAAGCCACGAACUAGUGUUGCACUGACUCUGUACUUUCGUUCCUUAUACUAG